GGUCUAAUCCAACACUCUAUCUCUAUUAAGCCUUCGAGCUUCGCAGGAGGUUUGAAUGGGUGCCGGAAUGCCUUGAAGGGAAGCGAACUAGAGGUGGGCAGGGUGAGCAGUGGGUGUGUAUGUGAGUGUGUCUCCGCGUGCAAAAGGGGAGGGAGGGCAGAGGGUUCUGGUGCUAGAGAAGGAAGGGAGAGAAGCCAAGUCCCCAUAUAGGUUCAAUCUUCUGAGUCCUGGGGGUGGGAGAACCCUAACCCGGGAUCCCAUGUUCCUCUGCCGCCCCUCUCCAUGCAGGUGGUAGGCAGAGGGAAGCGUUGCCCAGGAACAAAUCCCCAGAGAGGAGGGAGGGUCCCCCAUAGCCUGGAGAAAGCUCCGAGGUUGGAGAUGGGAAGAUCUUGGAGGGCAAAGGGAGGAACUGCAGGAGAUUGUGUCCGCCUUCUCCUUAUGUGCUGCAGGAGACUAAAAUAGGGUUGGAUCCCCAGGAGUUCAAUUUCUCUUAGGAGGGUGAGUGAACCAGGACAUCAACCCUGGCGGCUCAUGUGAACUCAGCCUGUGAGGUUGCUUAGCCUGUUUGUGUUUAGGGCAUGUUUUGAGAAUCUGCCUGUGUGUAAUGGUGUGAUUUGGCUCUUAACAAGCAAACCUUGAGGUCAUUUAUUGGCAUUUCAUUUUUUCUUUAAAUGAACUUUCAUGGUUUGUUAACCAAUUAGAGUUUGGUAUGUUGGGUAAAACCUGCUUGUAAGUAAAUGUAGAUCUAAGUUUUUAUGAAGCAAGCCCUAAAAAGAAAUUAAAAAUGACCCAAAAUACAUUUAUUCAAUGUUCCAAGUCUCUCAUGGAUGUCAGACCCAAGCACACAUUCAUAUGCAGGGACUAACUGUAAUCAGAAAAAUACUUCUUUCUAUUGAGUGUUCUUCGGGCAUUAAAUCCACCACUUUCUAAUUAAGAUACAGAAAUUGGAAACCAUUUGUGCUCCUGCUUUCGGAGGCAAAAACAUAGACAAAGAUGGCUGAAACUCUUGUCUAAACUGUAGCUAGAGGAAUGGUACUAUGACUGGAAAGACGUUUGGAGAUCCACAAGAUUCCCUGGACCUAUUUGGAGUUGUGCUACAGGACAGAGAAAGAAUGAAAAGCCAAUCUCUGGAAAGUGAAGGAACUGAAAAAGGGCCUUCUAAUGUUCAGCCUGGGAGCUGUGGGGAAAUCUGGGCAAGAAUUGAGAAGAAGAUCCUGGAGGAGAAAACUAUCCUUUCAGAAAUUGAGUCCUGGAACUUUAGGAGCUUCCAACACCAGGAGGAUGAAGCAAGGAGGAUGAAGCCGUCAACUUCAUUCCUUUUGUAGUCGAUGGUUGAGAUCAGAAAAGCACACAAAAGAACAGAUACUAGACCUGGUUGUUUUGGAACAGUUCUUGGCCCUUCUGCCCCUGCAGAUGGAGAGCUGGGUAUGAGAGUGUGGAGCAGAGACCAGCUCCCAGGCAGUGGCUCUGAUGGAAGGCUUCCUCCUGAGCCAGGUGGAGGAGGAGAAGGAGCAGGUUGAUUUUCAGUCCUUCGUGAUGGAGAUCAGAGAUCCUAAGAGAAGGAGACAUCCAUCAAGUUCAUCUCCAGAAAUGUUUUGCAGGAGGAUCUCUCAGGAUGAUCCAGAUCAAGAAACAACAAGAGAGAAAAAUACAAGGAAGUUUACCCUUUCUGAAGGUGGAGCUGCAUCAGUGAUUGAAACUCCAAUUCAAGAGGGUCUUGUCUCCUUCGAGGAGGUGGCUGUCUAUUUCUCCGAGGAGGAAUGGUCUCAGCUGGAUCCUGACCAAAAAGCUCUGCAUUGGGAAGUCAUGAUGGAAAAUUACAGGAACGUGGCCUCUCUUGGUGAUAAUGGGCAGGACCAUGAAGAGUCAAGGGAAUCAUUCCAAGGGUUCAGGCAUGGAGACGUAAUGGAGAAGCCUGCAAUUCAAAUGGCAUUCCAAAGGCAGGAGAGAAACCCCUCAAGUAAUUGGAAUAAGGAAAGCUCAUCCAUUGAGGGUCAUAGACAGGAGUUUCUUGAGCAACUGGAAAAAAUAGAGAAAAAAUAUUUUGGGAAAGGUGUAAAACUAUCCAAAGACACCACCUCUCUUACAUCACUUUCCAUCAGGGAGAAUCCAGAUAAAUACAUGGAAAAUGGGAAAGGCUUCUGUGAAAGGAAGACUUUUACUGUUCAGAAAAGGAACUACACAUGGAGGAAGCCAUAUAAAUGCAUGGACUGUGGGACUGAAUUCCAUAAAGUUGCAUCCCUUGUGAGACAUAAGAGAAUUCACACAGGUGAUCCACCAUAUAAAUGCACAGAGUGUGGAAAGGGCUUCAACAAAAAGAGUAAUCUUACAAUCCAUAAAAGAAUUCACACAGGAGAGAAGCCAUUUAAAUGCAUGGAAUGUGGAAAGACUUUUACUUAUAGGAAACAACUUAGUUUCCAUCAAUUAAUCCACACAGGGGAGAAACCAUACCGGUGCAUGGAGUGUGGAAAGGGCUUCAGCCAACACAGUAAACUUACUACUCAUGAAAGGAUCCACACAGGGGAGAAACCAUUCAAAUGCAUGGAAUGUGGAAAGAGCUUCAGUGUAAACUGCAAUCUUACUUCCCAUACGUGGAUCCACACAGGGGAGAAACAAUUUAAAUGCACGGAGUGUGGGAAGACUUUUAGUCAGAGCAGUUCCCUUACUCUCCAUAAGAGGAUCCACACAGGGAAGAAACCAUUUAAAUGCAGGGAAUGUGGAAAGUCUUUUAGUCAGAGCCAUCACCUUACUCGCCACAAAAGGAUCCACACAAGGGAGAAGCAAGAUAAGUGCAUGGACUGUGGAAAGAGCUUUAGGAGGAGCAGCGACUUAAUGUCCCAUACAGAGAUACACUUGAGUGAGAAUCUUAUGUUAAUUCUAGAAAGUUAGUUAAAUUUAUGAUUUUUUUUCUAUUUACAGAGACGUAACUUGGAAAGACAUUUUUUUAGUUUGAUCCCACUGGUGCCUGAGGGAGAUGAGUUUAUUCAUGAAAAUGUAAACAAUGAGGACAUGCCAUUUUAAUUAUAAACUGUGGUUUUUUGAAUGUUUUGUAUAUUUAGCUACAUUUUUUUUCAAAAGUGAAGCUGCCUAUUCCCUAGUUGUUUGUUCUUCCCACUUGAUCACACUAAAAGACUUUAAACUUUUCUUCUUUUUCCUAAUCUUAUAAUUGUUUCACCUUCCUUUCUUAUUCAUCAAUAUAUACAUAAUUUCUUAGAAUACUGUUCUCUGUCUCAGAAAAGUUGGAAAUAAUGCAGCAGAAUGAUUCUAGGCUGUGAAAAAAUAUUAUAAUUCAAGUUCCUUCAAAGUUUAAAGUGAGGUGGAAUGUAGUAUUAUAUUGUCCCAUUGAGUAAUUGUGAUUUUGCCUUAAAAGUGACAAGUAAGAGGUUUUCUACUUUUAAUUUUUCAGGAUUCCCUUUCCCUCUCUCUUUUGUCCCAAGUUAGGGAUACUCACAAAAAUAACAAAGUGAUGCCACUGUGUUGACAUUGUAAAUGAUCAAGCAAGAAAGGUGCCAAUCAUAAAUCAGUCGGACCGAAAUAAAUAAGCUUGAGUUAAAAAAAAAAACUAUUUCAGAAAACAAAUUCUGAUCUUGGUUCCACCUCAGAUCUUGGCUUAUCAAUUGGAAGUCACUGGUAUAUUCUAUGACUGACUCACCCUGGCUUUAGCUCAGCAGCUUCUGGUUCGCCUUCUGGGCCUUCACAGGGUCCUCGAACAUAGACCUCAAUUGGAAUUGGGUACAGAACCCUGCACAGUUGUCCAAAAGUUGGCUGGAAGUCAUCCAGCCCCAAGAUCAUAAACAGCUGCCGUUGUCUCCAAAACCAGGAAACUACUCCAAAGUCCCAUCAAAUUUCUCUGGCAUGAGCACUGGGCAUUUCUGAUGGGGACAUACCAGGGCUGUCGCUUGCAUCUAGGCCAGCUGCAAAGAAAGCAGGGCCGCUUGCUGGGCUUUGGGCUAUCGGAUUGGGAAUUCUGUUAUUUUACAUGGGUGAAAGAAUGGAUUGAAUUGAGGCACACAAGACAACUGACUUAUGGAAGGACAUGAUUUGCAACCGGGCUGGCAUGCCUUCUUGUGAUAUGGGAAAAAUAAAGUACACGGUUACUUUCAAAGACAUUACAUUAGGAAUGCAUUAUUGUUAGUGUGGGAGAAAACUAGAGAACAACACUACUUGAGGAUACCAGUUUGGCUUUCAACAAUGUAAGCACUGAUUCACCCAAAUGUUAUCAAUGUGGAAAAUAUUGUUAGAUAUAAAGAUAUUUUGAAUGAAAAGGGGGAACUCAAAACUAAACAAAAAUUGAGCGAUCAAGGGAUUUGUAUGGCAUGGUAUUCACAAGUGCUGAUACAUUCUAGAUAUGAGAAAGAUAUGGAUUUUAUAAAGAAU